AGAUAGAUAUCUGCAACGCAACUCAUAUAUGAUACAUAGAUAUCGAUUGUAACGACGGGUCUAUCUUCUUUAUCAAAAUGGGUUGGUUAGUAGAAGCUCUUGUUGCUUCAAUAUUGUUGUCUUUGUGUUUUGCAAUAACUGAGUCAGCUCCUAAAUCUGCCCUUGUCACCAAACUCCCUGGCUUCAACGGCACUUUUCCAUCUAAACACUAUGCCGGGUACGUAGCAAUAGAUAAGGAGCGUAAUAAGAAUCUGUGGUAUUACUUUGUGGAAUCAGAGAGAAAUGCUUCACGAGAUCCAGUUGUGCUUUGGCUUAAUGGUGGUCCAGGUUGUUCUAGCAUGGAUGGAUUUAUCUACGAGCAUGGGCCUUUCAAUUUCGAACGAAAGAAGACAGAAGAACCUCGUUUGCAUCUCAAUCGUUAUAGUUGGUCAAAGGUUUCUAACAUCAUAUACCUUGACUCCCCCGUUGGUGUGGGCUACUCCUACUCGAAGAACAAGUCUGAUUAUACAACUAAUGAUGCGGAAACUGCGACUGAUACUUACGCAUUCCUUAUCGAGUGGUUCAAGAUGUUUCCGGAGUUUCAGUCAAAUCCAUUCUAUAUCUCAGGAGAAUCAUAUGCUGGUAUCUAUGUGCCAACACUUGCUUCCGAAGUUGUCAAAGGAAAUAAGAAUGUAAUGAGAAAAGAAAAAAGAAACGAAACAAGUACGAAUCAUAAGAAAGUGACAAAGCCGGUUAUCAACUUCAAGGGAUAUUUGAUUGGUAAUGGAGUUACUGAUCAGGUGUUUGAUGGUAACGCUCUAGUCCCAUUCGUACAUGGAAUGGGACUCAUCUCUAAUGAACUCUUUGAGGAGACUAAAGCGUCGUGCAAAGGACAUUACUAUAACGAGAACAAUGGAAAUAAUGAAUGCUCUGCCUCGCUUGCGAAAAUUACAGAUGAUGUGCAGCCAUUAAACGUAUACAACAUUCUAGAACCGUGCUACCAUAAAACAUCUAUGACCGCGUUUGACUUCGGAUCUCUUCCUCCGAGUUUCCUUAACUUGGGGCAAACAGAAAGGCCAUUGCCAGUGAGAAAGAGAAUGUUUGGACGUGCAUGGCCUCUAGGUCAAGCUGUGCGUCCAGGCAUUGUCCCUAACUGGCCCCAAAUCCUUGCUGACUCCUCGGUUCCUUGCAUUGACGAUAGAGUUGCAACGGCUUGGCUCAACGAUCCAGCGGUGCGGAAGGCGGUUCAUGCUAAAGAGAAAAGCGAGAUUGGAAGAUGGAUAUUGUGCACAAAUCAAAUCGUAUACACUCAUGAUGCUGGAAGCAUGAUCCGAUUCCAUAGAAACCUCACUCUUAGUGGCUAUCGUGCUCUAAUUUUCAGCGGAGAUCAUGAUAUGUGUGUACCAUAUACUGGCUCUGAAGCAUGGACUAAGUCAAUGGGAUACAAGGUGGUCGAUGAAUGGAGGCCAUGGAUGUCAAAUGACAAUGUCGCUGGGUUUACACAAGGGUAUGCCAACAAUCUCACAUUUCUAACCGUCAAGGGUUCCGGCCAUACUGUUCCGGAAUACAAACCGCGUGAAGCGUUAGACUUCUAUAGCCGUUUUCUAGCAGGAGAAAAGAUGUAGAUCCAUCAAGUAUUCAUCUCAUCAUCUUGCGUUAUGUAGUUCAUUAAAAAUUAUGUCUUCUUUGAGCCUAAAACAUCCAUUCUAAUAAAGUUCAAGUUUCCCUUAAAAUAACUUCAAAUUUUAAAAAGCAAAAAAAAAAUCGUCU